GCAGCAUGCAAGAUUAUCUGCCAAAGGCACAACACAGGAUGUGUGCUACACAUAUAUGCUAACUGGAGAAAAAAGCAUAGAGAGCAUGCUCUACAGAAGAAGUUUUGGGCUAUAGCAAAGGCUGCAAACAGAGAAGAUUUCAUGUAUAGAAAAGCAAAGUUAGCUCAAGACACACCUGAAGGGGCAAUGGACAUAAUGAAAACAGAGCCUAAGCAUUGGGCAAGAGCUUUUUUCCCUGUUGGUUCACUAUGUGACUCAGUGGACAAUAACCUCUGUGAGUCAUUCAACAAUGCAAUCAUUGAGGCCAGAUUCUAUCCUUGCAUAUCUAUGUUGGAAAAGGUUAGACAGAAAAUGACAAAGAGGGUACAAGAAAACAGAGAAAAAUCUGAGAAGUGGACUAACAAUCCAAUUUGCCCAAAUAUCUUUAAAAAGCUUAAGGUGAGCAUCAAAUUGACUCAAUUUUGUGACGUGCUCUGGAAUGGGAAAGAGGGAUUUGAGGUUAAGCAUGUCAGUGGAAGAGGAAGGACCUAUACAGUAAAUUUAGAGAAGAGGACAUGCUUUUUGGGUACUUACAGCUUGCAGGCCUACCUUGCUGCCAUGCUAUAAGUGCUAUAUAUAAGUCUGGUAGAAGAAUUGAAGAUUUUAUUGAAAAGUGUUACUCAGUUGAGCAGUUCAAGAAAAUAUAUGAGCAUUGUUUGCAACCAGUUGAAGGUGAGGAAAGGUGGCCUAUUUCUCAGAAUCCCAGACCACAAGCUCCAGGAUAUGUUAGCAUGCCUGGUAGGCCUAGGAAGAAUGACAGGAGGAGGGAAGAAGGAGAAGCACCAAAAGGAAAUAAGAUGUCAAAACAUGGGAUUAAGAUAACUUGCAGUAUGUGUGGCAGCAAAGGCCACAAUAAGACAGGUUGCCACAAAAAUCCAGAAAAAGGGAAGAAAAAGAAUGCCUUUUUGAAGAAAACAGGGAGGAAAAUGAAGGAAACUGAGCAAGCACACACUGAUGCUCAGAUCAGAGCAAGACAACAGGAUAACUGCAAAGGAAAAGCAACUGGCCAAGCAAGUGGAGAGAAGAGGGAGAUUCCUAAAAAACAUAAUUUGCAAGCCAAGAAAAAAGCAAAGAAGUGAUCCUGCUAGACUUGUGCUUUCUGGUCAUGUUAGUAUGUCAGUAUUGUUAAACUGGUCAUCUGUCCUGUUUGGUUGAACUUAUGGUUUAGUCCUUUUGGUUGAACUACUGGUGUAUGCACUAUUAUUUGUGUUGAACUUGACCUGGA